GGAGAAGUCUUCAAAAUAUGGUAAUAUCUCAGCAGAUGGCAUCAGUGCUAUUCAUAUAUUCUGUAAAACACCAGGAUUAAUAACAAAAGUCCUGCAAGACGGCGCCUUACUUCCGGUCCUCAAUCUCUGCCAUGCAGGGGGCGCUGUCUCACUGGUAGCCAUGAAGACACUGUGUAUUAUAGCGAAGGACAAAGAAACUCACAGUAUCAUUGUCGACAGUCAGAGGGUUCAAGCCCUACCUCAGAUUUUCUUAUUCCUAAAUUCUACCGAACCUCAGAUGCAAUCUGCUGCUGUGAAAAUACUCACCUUCAUAUCCGCGAGCAACAACUGGUGCCGACACCAACUCAUCCAGAAAGACAUGGCAUGCGGGCAGAACAUCAAUUCCCUGCUAAAGGGCAGCGCUUGGCAACAGGAAGUUUUGACCAUGGCCACCUCUUUGGUAGCAAAUCUGGCCGUUUGUUCGUCAGACACGGUCUGUCUCUCCAACCUACAAAAGACCCUUUGUUCCUUGCUCCACCGUGACGACCUUGACACUGAGACCCUUCUAAACAUUCAACGAGGAAUCGCCAAUUUUUCCAAAUUCAAACUGAACACACCCACAUUGAUGCAAUAUCUCCCCGAAAUCAUCCGGAAGGGACUGAUGUCGGAACACACGCAAAUAAAACAGCAGACGAUGCGAGCCAUAUCCUUCCUGCUAGCCUACAUGCCCGAACAAACGACAGAACAUUUACUGAGAGAAGGUGCUGGAGCGUAUCUUAUUGGUAUAUCAUGCUUUGAGAAAUUCUUUAAAAUGAUGAGCGAAUUCUUCUCAAAGACAUGUCCGGAGAUUGGUGACAUAUCGAUGUUCUAAGAAUUGAUGUUGUCUUUUGACAAUUCUUCAACUGCCGUUGUUACUACUUCUAUAGGACCAAUCUGUGUCUUCCAUAAAUAUAUACAUACAUAAAGCAAAACAUACAAAUCUGCACAUAUACAUAUAUACACACAUGCAUACAAACAAAAAUACCCUGUUGUUGAUGUUGAAAUUUCAAUGAAGGAGCCUUGAAUCUAGUUUAGAAACUGGCCCUUUCUCUAAUGGCUAGAAAUUUUCAAAUAAAAGUGGACAAUGAUAUGCAUACCUCUGAAGAGCGCAGUGUUACCUAAUCGGACUGAUACCUAACAUUCCAUUCAACUCCUAGUACGAAACCGAUUGGUAAGAUCGUCUGUAAUGGAUAUAUAAUACUGUA